UGCUUAAAAACAUGAUAGAGUUUAUUAGAACAAACAGCCAUUUAUGGAUCAGACAGCAAUCAUCCAUGGUUUGUUCUUGGGGUCCACCAGGGGGGCUUGAAGCAAAGACUUUCAUAAAGUGCAGGAGACAGCAAACCAAGUUCAAGAAUUGAGUGGUUAUAGCUGUGUAGUUUUUAUGCCAUCGCUUUACUUGGACUAUCCUGAUGGAUACUUCCCAGGGACUGUUGACAUUCAGGGAUGUGGCCAUAGUAUUCUCUCUGCAGGAGUGGGCAUGCCUUGACAAUGCACAGCGGAAUUUGUAUAGGGAUGUGAUGUUUGAGAACUACAGAAAUUUGGUCUUCCUGGGUCUUGCUGCCUCUAAGCCAGACGUGAUCAACUGUCUGGAGCAAAGAAAAGGGCCCUGGAAUGUGAAGACAAGUGAGUCAGUAGCCAAACACCCAGGUAGGUGGGAGUAAGUGAAGCAGAUGACACAGGUGAGAGCUCCAAAGGUCAAUGAGGAAGGCAGACCUUAAAAAGUGCUUGGAAAACUCUGCUUCCAUGGAAAUGGGUUCUGGCAAUCCUGGAUUUCUUUCUCUUAAUCUUUGAU